AUGGCUCUUUCUAAGCAAGAACUGAAAAGUAUUGAAAAUGCAUUGAUUAAUUUAGUCAAAGAGGAAGUUGGUCCUCUUAUCAAAGUUCAAUCAGGAACAAAAUUUGAAUCAUAUGAAGACAAGGCAAACUCAGUUGAUCUAGUCACUCAAGUUGAUCAGAAAGUCGAAUCAAUAGUGAAAAAUUAUUUGUUAGAAAAGUACCCUAAUUUCAAAUUCAUUGGCGAGGAGAGUUAUGUUAAAGGUGUAACCAAGAUAACAAAUGAACCAACAUUUAUUGUGGAUCCAAUCGAUGGUACAACAAACUUCAUACAUGGAUUUCCUUAUAGUUGUAUUUCCUUAGGUUUAUCAGAAAACCAAAAACCGGUUGUUGGUGUAGUCUUCAAUCCUCACUUAAACCAGUUAUUUCAUGGAUCCAAAGGUAAUGGUGCAUUCCUAAAUGGAACUCCAAUUGAAGUAGCUAAAAGACCAUUAGUUUUGCAAAAAGCUUUAGUUGGGUUUGAAAGUGGUUCUGAGAGAGAUGAUAGUGGCAAUUUCGAUAUUAAGGCCAAAACCUGUAAGAAUCUUCUAAGUCAAGAUGGUGCUUUGAUACAUGGUGUCAGAAGUCUAGGAAGCGCUGCAAUGAAUAUAUGUUACGUUGCUACUGGUAUGAUGGAUUGUUACUGGGAAGGUGGUCCAUGGUGCUGGGACGUGUGUGCUGGUUGGUGUAUUCUUAACGAAACUGGGGGUCUGAUUGUCAAUGGUAAUCCUAACAAUUGGGAUGUUUCACUUAAUGGAAGAUGUUAUUUUGCUAUCAGAGGUGGAUCCAACGAAAAAGAACAACAUGAAUUCAUUAAAUCCUUCUGGAGUCAUGUUGCUGGUGAUUUAAAAUAUGAAUACAAAGAUUGA